GUGGAGUGAUAUGAAGGCAACAACUGGACGACACAAUUCAAGCGAGAGCAAAGAGGAACAAGCAGAUGAGAAAGUGGUAGAAGACGUCGACAGAAUGACGACCAAAAGAAGCCACAACUAUCCAAAGAUGAUAGCAAAUGUACGAUAUGUCACUUCAUUUAUGUUCUACACAAUUAAGAGAAUUGAAGAACCGCGACCAACGUACAAACAGAAGCAAUGA